AUGGCCUGGGCGCUGCGGUUCUGCUCCGCGCUGGCCCUGGCGCUGCUCCCCGCGGCCCCGCAGCACCUGCCGGCAGGAGAAGGGGACUCCUCAGUGAAAAGCAGAGCACUGGGAGGAAGCCUGGUGGAAUUCAAGACCAAGCGCCCCCCCCCGCUCAGCAAGCUGAUGAAGGCUUAUUGCGAGCGGCAGGGCUUGUCGAUGAGGCAGAUUAGGUUCAGAUUUGAUGGACAACCAAUUAACGAAGGAGACACACCUGCACAGCUGGAGAUGGAAGACGAAGACACUAUCGAUGUGUUCCAACAGCAGACGGGUGGAGUGUGUUAA